GCGGCGGCGGCGGCGGCGGGAAGAUGGCGGCAGCGGGAUCCCUGGAACGCAGCUUUUUCGAGCUGAGCGGAGCCGAGCGUGAAAGACCAAGGCACUUCCGCGAGUUCACGGUCUGCAGCCUUGGCACCGCGAUUGCCGCGGCUGGUGCGGGGAAAUUCAGCGAGAGCGCGGGAGGUUUCUACUUUGUGGAAAGCGGCAAGUUGUUCUCCGUCACCAGAAACAGGUUCAUUCAUUGGAAGACUUCUGGGGAUACAUUGGAGCUGGUGGAGGAGUCACUGGACAUAAACCUGUUGAAUAAUGCAGUUCGCCUAAAGUUCCAAAAUUGUAGCAUUUUACCUGGAGGGGUUUAUGUCUCUGAGACUCAGAAUCAUGUGAUGAUCUUGAUAUUAACCAAUCAAACAGUGCACAGGCUACUUUUACCACACCCUUCCCGGAUGUAUAGGAGUGAGUUGGUAGUUGAAAGUCAGAUGCAAUCAAUAUUUACAGACAUUGGAAAAGUUGAUUUCAGGGAUCCUUGCAGCUAUCAACUAAUUCCAGCAGUACCGGGAAUAGCCCCUAAUUGUACCACAUCAGCAGCCUGGCUUAGCAGUGAUGGAGAGGCUCUGUUUGCUCUACCAUCUGCUGCUGGGGGCAUCUUUGUUCUUAAGCUACCUCCUUAUGACAUGCCUGGGACAGUGUCAGUUGUGGAACUGAAGCAGAGUUCAGUGAUGCAGCGAUUGCUCACAGGCUGGAUGCCAACAGCUAUCAGAGGUGAUCAGGGGCCUUCAGAUCGUGCCCUCAGUCUUGCUGUCCAUUGUGUUGAGCAUGAUGCCUUUAUCUUUGCCCUGUGUCAGGAUCAUAAACUACGAAUGUGGUCUUACAAGGAUCAAAUGUGCGUGAUGGUAGCUGACAUGCUUGAAUAUGUUCCUGUGAACAAAGACCUUAGGUUCACUUCAGGGACUGGUCACAAGCUACGACUUGCUUAUUCCCCUUCCAUGGGACUCUACCUAGGAAUAUACAUACAUGCUCCAAAACGAGGACAAUUCUGCGUUUUCCAGUUGGGUAGCAUUGAGCAUAACCGCUACUGUCUAGAUCACAUUUCCUCACUCUUUACUUCUCAGGAGACAUUGGUUGAUUUUGCCUUAACCUCCACGGAUAUCUGGGCCCUAUGGCAUGAUGCUGAGAACCAAACAAUUGUGAAAUACAUCAACUUUGAACAUAAUGUUGCAGGCCAAUGGAAUCCAGUCUUUAUACAGUCUCUGCCAGAGGAAGAUAUUGUCAUCAGAGAUGACCAAGACCCCAGAGAGAUGUACUUGAGGAAUCUUUUUAUACCAGGACGAUUCAUAAAUGCAGCUUUAUGUAAAGCUUUACAGAUUUUUUGCCGACGAACUGAGAGAAAUCUGGAUCUUUCCUGGAGUGAACUAAAGAAGGAAGUUACUUUAGCUGUUGAAAGUGAGCUCCAAGGAAGCGUGACAGAAUAUGAGUUCUCCCAAGAGGAGUUUCGAAGUUUACAAAAGGAAUUCUGGAGCAAGUUCUAUGCCUGUUGCAUUCAGUAUCAGGAAGCCUUCUCCCAUCCCCUUGCCCUGCAUUUGAACCCCCAUACAAACAUGAUGUGCCUGCUGAAGAAAGGGUACCUGUCUUUCCUGGUGCCCUCCUCCUUGGUGGAUCAUUUAUAUCUCCUACCUGAUGAGAAUCUUCUGACUGAGGAUGAGACAAGCAUUUCCGAUGAUGUGGAUGUUGCUCGGGAUGUCAUCUGUCUUAUAAAAUGUCUCCGGCUGAUUAAAGAAUCGGUAACUAUGGAUAUGUCAGCUCUGAUGGAAGCAAGUUGUUAUAACCUACAGUCUCCGGAAAAGUCUGCUGAACGGAUUCUGGAAGAUCUGAUCACUAUUGAUGUAGAAAAUGUGAUGGAAGAUAUCUGUAGUAAACUGCAAGAGAUUCGUAACCCAGUCCAUGCUAUUGGACUUCUUAUACGGGAAAUGGAUUAUGAAACAGAAGCAGAAAUGGAAAAGGGAUUCAACCCAGCCCAGCCUUUGAAUGUCCGUAUGAAUCUUUCCCAGCUCUAUGGUAGUAACACAGCAGGGCACAUUGUCUGCAAAGGCGUGUAUAAAAUUGCCAGUACCCGUUUCCUGAUCUGUCGAGACCUCCUGAUUUUACAGCAGCUGUUAAUGAGGAUAGGAGAUGCAGCAAUUCUGGGAGCUGGUCAGCUAUUUCAAGCUCAACAAGACCUUCUGCAUCGAACAGCUCCCCUGCUCUUAUCUUAUCACCUCAUUAAAUGGGCUAGUCAGUCCUUGGCAACAGACGUUCCAGUUGACACACUAGAGUCUAAUCUCCAACACUUAUCAGUACUGGAACUAACAGACUCUGGUGCUUUAAUGGCAAACAAGUUAGUUUCUAGCCCUCAGACAAUUAUGGAGUUAUUCUUCCAAGAAGUUGCAAGAAAACACAUUAUAGCUCAUCUCUUCUCUCAACCAAAGGCACCUCUGAGCCAAACUGGAUUGAAUUGGCCUGAAAUGAUUUCUGCAGUUACCAAUUAUUUAUUGCAACUUUUAUGGCCUAGCAAUCCUGGUUGUCUCUUCCUAGAAUGUUUGAUGGGAAAUUGCCAGUAUGUACAACUGCAGGAUUAUAUUCAACUGCUACACCCUUGGUGUCAAGUCAACGUUGGUUCCUGUCGAUUUAUGCUGGGCCGGUGUUACCUAGUUACAGGAGAAGGACAGAAGGCUCUGGAAUGUUUCUGUCAGGCAGCAUCUGAAGUGGGCAAAGAGGAAUUCUUAGAUCGCUUGAUCCGUUCAGAGGAUGGGGAUAUUGUGUCUACCCCCAGACUACAGUAUUAUGAUAAGGUUUUACGUCUACUCGAUGUUGUUGGCUUGCCUGAAUUAGUUAUACAGUUGGCUACAUCAGCAGUAACUGAAGCAGGUGAUGACUGGAAAAGCCAGGCUACUUUAAGGACAUGCAUUUUCAAACAUCAUUUGGAUUUGGGUCACAAUAGCAAAGCAUAUGAGGCCUUAACCCAGAUUCCUGAUUCCAGCAGGCAGUUAGACUGUUUACGGCAGCUGGUGGUAAUUCUUUGUGAACGUUCACAGCUACAGGAUCUUGUAGAGUUUCCCUAUGUUAAUCUGCAUAAUGAGGUUGUGGGGAUAAUUGAGUCACGCGCUAGGGCUGUGGACCUUAUGACACACAAUUACUAUGAACUUCUCUAUGCCUUCCAUAUCUAUCGCCACAAUUACCGAAAAGCUGGCACAGUGAUGUAUGAAUAUGGAAUGCGUCUUGGCAGAGAGGUUCGAACUCUUCGAGGACUAGAGAAGCAAGGCAACUGUUAUCUGGCUGCUAUUAAUUGCUUGCGGCUCAUUCGUCCAGAAUAUGCAUGGAUUGUACAGCCAGCAUCUGGAGCUGUGUAUGAUCGACCUGGAACAUCCCCUAAGAGGAAUCAUGAUGGAGAAUGCACAGCUGCUCCAACCAAUCGGCAAAUUGAAAUCCUGGAGCUGGAAGAUCUAGAGAAAGAAUGUUCCUUGGCUCGAAUUCGCCUCACUUUGGCACAGCAUGAUCCAUCAGCAGUUGCAAUUGCAGGAAGUUCAUCAGCUGAGGAGAUGGUUACUCUGCUGGUUCAGGCUGGCCUAUUCGACACUGCCAUAUCACUGUGUCAGACUUUCAAGCUUCCUUUAACACCAGUCUUUGAGGGGCUUGCUUUCAAAUGCAUCAAGUUGCAGUUGGGAGGAGAGGCCGCUCAAGCUGAAGCCUGGGCCUGGCUUGCAGCCAAUCAGCUUUCCUCUGUCAUCACUACUAAGGAAUCUAGCGCUACAGAUGAAGCUUGGCGAUUAUUGUCUACUUACCUAGAAAGAUACAAAGUCCAGAAUAACCUUUAUCACCAUUGCGUAAUCAACAAGCUUUUGUCCCAUGGAGUGCCUCUGCCUAAUUGGCUUAUAAACAGUUACAAGAAAGUUGAUGCUGCUGAAUUGCUUCGGCUGUACUUGAAUUAUGACCUUUUGGAAGAAGCUGUGGAUUUGGUCUCAGAAUAUGUGGAUGCUGUGUUAGGAAAAGGACAUCAGUACUUUGGAAUUGAGUUUCCACUGUCUGCAACAGCCCCACUGGUGUGGCUCCCAUACUCCUCCAUUGAUCAGCUUCUCCAUGCUCUGGGAGAAAACAGUGCCAACACUCACAACAUUGCACUGUCCCAGAAAAUACUUGUCAAAUUAGAGGACUACCAGCAAAAAGUUGAUAAGGCAACAAGAGAUUUAUUAUACCGUCGGAACUUGUGAUCUGGAUUGUUUCCUACCUAGCCUUUGUAACCUUGGUGCCUGUUAGGGCUUAAGACUACUACCCUACAGGGAACCCUGUGCUCAAGUUUAUAACCAUAAACAUUGUGUACUACACUCAGAUCUGCAUUCUGCACAAGACAGAAGAGUGAGUCAGAGAAUCCUGUGCUUGCUGGUGGUGCUAACAUGAUUUCUGGUUUUCAACUCUGGUCUCAAAACAGCUGCUUUUGUAUAUGAUUCACAGGCUUUUUUAGAGUUUAUAUUUUUUUAAACUACAGAAGACAUUCUUUAUCUGCAAAUUAAGGCCCACCUUCACUUUCCAAAAUAGCUAAUGGUUGUUGGUUUAUUGGCUGACUACCAUAAGUAGUCACAGAAAAUCUUCCCAUUCUUCCCUAUCACUUUUUGUAUUUCAAUGGAAUUAUUUUGGUCCAGAACUGACAUGUAUUUUCUGUAUUGCAAACAAAGCCUAAUGAUUUUGCAUACUCUUUUCAUUAUUUAUUGUGGAGUUUUUGUACGAUCUUCAAUAAAUAAUUUGCCGAGUUUAAGCCUAAAAUGAUGACCAGCUGCUUAAAGAAAAUAAAUUUUAUUUUGAAUCUGGUUCUGAAGCUAAAGUUAACUAAACUUUUAGCCAAGAAAAAUUGGAAAUCCAUUAUCUAUAAAGGCAACAGAUUUUCAAAAUAAAUUCUGUUAACUUACAUGAUUUCUAAUAAUCAAGCCGGACUUGAUCAUAUAAUAAUGUGUUGGACCAAAAUACCAACUCUACUGGUCAGAUUCAUGUAUUACAAAUUCUGGGGAAAGUGAAAAUAAUGAAAAAAUGAAAACUUCUUGGAUUUUAUUCUGUAUAUUAAAAUUUAUCUUUCAAGGAAA